AUGGGCCCCUACGGGAUGGGGUUCCCUGCAGAUGGCGACGACAACAAUGGAUGGAAGCUCUACAUACUGUCCAUCAUCAUGAUAGUAUCGGCCGGUCUGUUUGUCGUCUUGCGACUAUGGACGCGCAUUUGGUCGGCGCAGACCGGCUGGGAUGAUGGUGCUGUUGUGGGCUCCUGGGUCAUGUCCCUCCUCGUAUCUGUCUUCAUGCAAUUGGCCAUCGAAAACGGCUACGGCAAGCACAAGGCCGACCUACCCACGACCCAUCUCCGCACCGCCUUGAAGCUCUUCUUCUUUGCCCAGACGCCCUACAAGAUCAGCGUCUGCUUCAACAAGGUGGCCGCCAUCCUUCUAUACCUGCGCAUCUUUGUGUCGUCGCGCUUCCGGCUCGCCGCCUUCUCCGUCAUGGCCGUCAUCGUGGCCUGGAGCAUAGGCGGCGUGGCGGCCACCAUCUGGCAGUGCGUCCCCAUCGCCGGCGCCUGGGACAAGUCGGUCAACGCGCGGUGCAUCGACUCGGACAAGUUCUGGGUCGCCUACGCCGUCAUGAAUAUCUUGACCGACGUCAUGGUUCUGGCCCUCCCCAUCCCGUCCAUCCUUGGGCUUCAGCACCUCGGUCGCCGCGACAAGCUGAUGCUAUGUUGCGUGUUUUUACUGGGUGGAUUUGUCACCGUGACAUCCAUCAUGCGGACAACCUCAGUCCAAAACUCGCUCAAGAACAAAGAAGACAUCACCUUCAACUUCAUCGACCGUGGCAUGUGGACGCUCCUCGAGAUCAACUUGGGCAUCAUCAGCGCUUGUUUGCUCGUCAUGAAGCAGCCCUUGGCGCGUAUCUGGCCGAGAAUCUUUCGGUCGCGGGGUCGGAGCGCCCCGGUGGAGAUGCUGCCGAGCAGCGAGAACCUGACCCUGGCGAGGGUCGAGGGAAUAGAAGUAAGCCCGUCGAGCUCACAUCAGCGUGGCUGGCGAGAUCAUCCACGAUUACAAGCAUAA